CAAACAGAUAUCAGACCUCAAACCCAGGGGGGUGAGAGAAGUGUUGUGGAUCAGUGGGAUCGGCCCCACAGGGGAAGCUCUGCCCUGGGGCGUGGUGCCCCCUGGGGUGCCAUAUGGGGUGCCCCAGCCAUUCCUCUGUGAGAGGGCACAGGGUUCUUCACCUCCACGUGUCCCCUCUCACACUCAGGAGUCAGGCCCCAUCUUUUACUACACCUGUUGCAUCACUGCGCAGCAGCACAGAUAACACAGGGGCUGAAGUCCAGAGCAGGUCCUGGGGAGCAGAUUCCAGCCUGGGCUUGUGGCACGGCUUCCCCCGGCUGCUGCCUCUCUCGACUCCCUUCUGCAUCUCUUCUGCCUGUGAUGUCGGAUCUCACACUCCUCCUGGCCCUGCUGCUGCUGGCCAGGGCCAUCCCCUGCAGCAGGGCUGCUGCUGUCAACAGCUGUGUCAGUGAGGCUGAGCACCGCUGUGACUUCGUGUGCCAUUGCGGUGACUGCUCCGAUGAGAACCAGUGCGGGUACCUGGGGAUCUCGUCCGUGCUCGGCUCCCCCUUUACCUGCGAUUUCGAGGAUGGUGACUGUGGCUGGCGGGAUGUGAGCACUUCCACCUACCGAUGGGUGCGGGGCCGGGCCAGCCUGGACUCGUGGGGCACGGGGCCGCACUCAGACCACACCGUGGGCACAGACCGGGGGUGGUUCAUGGUGACAGUGUCCCCACCGACAAAGGCCACAGCCACCGCCUGGCUCCAGUCACCCGUCAUGCAGGGGGCGAGCGCUGCGUGUGAGAUCUGGGCUUCGUACCACCUGUCGGGAAGCAGGCUCAACCAAACCGAGUGCCCCGUGUUGCGCCUGACUGUGGCAUUUGGGAGCACAGUGGUGGAGCUGUGGCGGAGCCCUGAGCACAGUGCUGAGGGCUGGCACCAGCUGAUGGCGUAUCCCGGCCGGAUCAAGGGGCAGUUCCAGCUCACCUUCGCCCUGACACAGCCGCCCACAUGCAGCGCAGUGCUGGCACUCGAUGACAUUGUCUUUGGGAACUGCGGCUUGCCAGUGGCUGAGCAGCAGAGCUGUGGGGCGGAGGAGAGCAGCUGCAGCAGAGGAUCCUGCCUGGCCCUGGGCCGCUUCUGUGAUGGCACCGAUGACUGUGGGGACGGCUCCGAUGAAGAUGCAGAGCAGUGCCGGUCCUUCACCUUCUGCUCCUUCGAGGAAGGUCUUUGCAGCUGGGAAGUGGAGGCUGGGCAGCUGACAUGGGGACGGAACACAAGCAUGGGCCUGGGGACCACCUCUGGUGUUCCCACUCGGGAUCACAGCACCAACAGCGCUACAGGCUAUUUCCUCCACACCAUCGCUGGGGGGGCUGGCAAUGUGGCCAGGCUGAGCAGCCCCACUUUCCAGGCCACCAACUCCUGCUCUCUCGUGCUGUACUGCCAUCUCCAUGGCUUGACCACCAGCAGCCUCAGAAUCUCUUAUGUGACCAACUCCACUGAGCACGUGGUGAGAGAGAGGACAGGGGACACAGGCGGCUGCUGGGUCCGUGAGCGAGUGGACUUCAACCUGACAGAGAGCUUCAAGGUGCUGAUCACGGGGGAGGUGGGCAGUGGGGGCUCCGUGGCUGUGGAUGACCUGAUCCUGUCUCCAGGCUGUGUGCAACAGAAGGAGCCAGCUCCCAUGGCACUGCCGGGCCAGGCCCGUGGCAGCCCCUGCAUGGCUGAGCAGUUCUCCUGCGACGACGGGGGCUGCAUCAGCGCUGAACUGGCCUGUGACUUCAACAACACGUGUGCUGAUGGCUCCGAUGAGAACCACUGUGGAGCCACGACGUUUGAGGAAGGGGCCGGGGGUUGGCACGACACCAGCAUGGGCCAACUGCGCUGGGCUGUGCAGGGGGACACCAAGUCCACGGCCACUGUCCUCAUGGGAGCAGGGGCUUUCUUGGCCCUUCAGAGAGGAGAAGGACAAAUGGUGGCUCCCGCCAAAGCCAGCACACCUCUGCUGGGUCCCUCCGGCCUGGCCUGCGCCAUGGAGAUGAGCUACCGGCUGCACAGCGGCCCCCGAGGUUUCCUGGCUGUUGCUGUCACGGAGCAUUCCACGGACAUGACACAGCUGGUCUGGCACACACGGGGACACGGCAGCACGGCCUGGGAGCACGUCCAUGUCCCGCUGGGGGAGAGGAGCCGGCCCUUCCAGGUGGAGCUGCUGGGGAUGGCAGAGCUGCAGGACCCAGCGGACAUCGCCAUCGACAACGUGACGUUCGUGCAGUGCAACCCCAACGUGGAGCCCCCGGGAGCUGCAGAGCUGUCAUGCAACUUCGAGGCGGAUCUGUGCGGCUGGUACCAGGACCAGGGCAGUGACUUCCAGUGGGUCCGCAGCACGGGGCAGGGGCAGGGCUCCGACCACACCACCGGCUCGGGAUACUUCCUGGCCGUGGAUCCCUCUGCACCGUGGAGCCGUGGGCAGCGCGCACAGCUCGUCACCUACAGCCAGGACCCGGCUGCUGCCCCGCGCUGCUUUUCCUUCUGGUACCGCCUGGCCGGGCCGCAGAUCGGCACCCUGAGCCUCAAGCUGCAGCUGCAAGGAGCGGAGGAGACGGUGCUGUGGACCCAGCGGGGCGGCCGGGGCAGCGUGUGGCACCGCGGGAUGGCCACGAUCCCGGCCACGGGGCAGCAGCGCUACCGGCUGUCCUUCGAGGCGCUGCGGGACGGCUUCGUGGGUGACAUGGCGCUGGACGACGUGGCGCUGACGUUGGGUGUUUGUGGAGCCGAACCCUCCUGCUCCUUCGAGGCCGGCGCCUGCGGGCUGUCGGGCAGCGGGCAGUGGCGGCGGCAGAGCGGCGGCACCGGCAUCACCACCGGCCCCGCGGCCGAUCACACCACGGGCACCACCGCAGGACAUUACAUGGUGGUGGACACCAGCCAGCACUCGCUGCCCAUGGGGCGCGUGGCCGCGCUCAGCUCUGCGCUGUACCAGCGCUAUGCUCCUGCCCAGUGCCUGGCUUUCUGGUACCAGCUGAGUGCUGCAGCCCCAGGGACUCUCUGUGUCCUUGUGGAGGAGAAUGGCGAGCGGAGGAAGCUGUUCAGCAUCAGCACGAUGGAGGGUGAUACCUGGCACCGUGGGCACGUCACUGUUCGGGCAGACACAGACUGGAAGGUGGUGUUUGAGGCAGAGGGAGCUGGGAGUGAGCACAGCUACAUGGCACUGGAUGACCUGCACGUGUCAGAUGGAGCCUGCCCUGAGCCAGCAUCCUGUGACUUCGAGUGGGACAUGUGUGGAUGGAGCAGCCCCUCAGAUGAGCGCCUGCACGGCUUCGCCUGGGGCUGGAAGAGCGGCAUCCCCCUGGCCAAGUACCCCGGCCCUGAGCAGGACCACACCCUGGGCACAGAGGAUGGUCACUACGUGUUCUUUGAUACCCGUGUGCUGGGCGCGGGGGGCACCGCUGUCCGGCUGCAGAGCCAGCACCUCCCCGCCACCAGCGCCGGCUGCCUGCGCUUCUGGUACCACAUGGACAUCCCAGAGCACCUCGCGGGUGGGGAGCUGCAGGUGAAGCUGCAGAGCACGGCGGGGCAGCGCACAGUAUGGAGCAUGGCAGGGCAGCGGAGCCAAGGCUGGGAGGGCAGCAGGGUGUCUCUGGAGAGUCCCAGCGAGUUCCAGAUCGUCUUUGAGAUCACCACGCAGAUGUGGCCGAUGGAGGGGACCGUGGCACUGGAUGAUAUUGAGUACAGUGCCACUGGAGGCUGUGACUCCAACCCAGAGGAACCAGGGAAAGUGAAGUCUUCCAGUACCUUUGUGGCAGAAGUGGUGCUCGGGCUGCUGCUGGCCGUCAUUGUGCUGGCGCUGGCAGCAGCUGGUGGCCGGUACUGGCUGAAGAGGAGAGCGCAGGGCAGCGGGAUGGCCAUGGAGAGCAGCACCCCCCAGGGCUUCGACAACAUCACUUUUCGAGACGACAAGGUCAUUAUAGAACAAGUGCCAAAAGAGCGGGAUGAAGACUGA